CGCGACAUCUCUCGGCCGUCCGCGGGUACUUGGCUCACACGUGCACGCUUCCUAACCUUUCAACUCAGCCCACGGGAAUUCAAAGGCUCCGUUGAAGACGGAAAUUAGCGUUGUUGAUACCAGCGUUUAAAUGAAACGCGUGUUAGCAGCAUGUUAACUACGAAGGUUUUUUUCCGAAAGACCAAGGGAGGGAAUAUAUUUAAGACCGUCAGAGAGCACUACCUCAGAGAUGACAUUUGCUGUGGCCUCAAAACGUGCACGAGGUGCAAGGCGAGGCCGCGGGACAUGGUGUUGGACGAUGAAGGCGCUGGUGCGACGUCCUCCUUAAUUCCAGGCCCAUAUUUUCUUGUGCUUGACACAAAUAUCAUUCUGGAUCAAAUAGACAUACUGGAGGAAGACGUUAUUACCAACGUGAUCGUCCUGCAAACAGUGCUGGAAGAAAUUCGGCACAAAAGUGCUAUUGUAUACAAAAAGCUGAAGACCAUCAUAGGAAACGCGACGAGAAAGUUUUUCGUGUUCAUCAAUGAACAUCAUCGGGAAACUUAUAUCGAGAGAGAACCGGGUGAGAGGACAAACGAUCGUAAUGACAGAGCGAUACGAGUUGCAGUUAAAUGGUACAGCACCCACUUGAACUCGGAUGAGGACAGUGUGAAAAUUGUCUUGCUGACAGACGAUGUAGAAAAUAGAAGACGUGCCACUGAAGAGGGACUAUUUGUUGUAUCGAUGGAAGAUUAUAUUGCAUCAUUGGAAAAUUCAAGUUUUCUGCUGGAUAAACUGUGCAAACGUUCCUACGGUUCGGAUAUUCAAGGCCCGGACUUGUUUCCCUGUCAUCUAACGCCAGUGGAAGUGCACGACGGCAUAUCGUCGGGAAAACUGUUGCAAGGAACGUUUUUGGCAUCGAGGGAAAAUUUCCUCGAGGGGAAUGUGAACGUUGAAGGAAGAGAGAAACCUAUAUUUGUGCAAGGACGAUCUCAUCUCAACAGGGCAGUCGAUGGUGAUAUAGUUGCGAUUGAAAUCCUACCAGACGAUCAGUGGUCAUCACCCAGUGAAAUCGUUUUGCAGGACGAACAAGGCGCGGACGCUGACGAGGUUACAGAAGAUGAGAAAAUACUCCGCAAACAGAAGCCGAAAGCGCAAGAGCUGAUACCGACGGGCAAAAUUGUCGGCAUUAUCAGGAGAAAAUGGAGACAGUAUUGUGGAAUAUUACAACCGAGUGCAAUUAAAGGGAAUGUAAGGCACUUGUUUGUUCCGGCCGAGAGAAAGAUUCCGAAAAUAAGGAUUGAAACUAGACAAGCCGAGAUACUGAGUAAGCAGCGAAUUAUCGUCGCACUGGAUUCGUGGCCACGAAACUCGAGAUACCCGCUUGGCCACUUUGUACGAGCACUUGGUAACAUAGGAGACAAAGAGACAGAGAAUGAAGUAUUACUCUUGGAACACGACGUCCCACACAGCCGUUUCUCUGACGCUGUUCUUAGCUUUCUUCCCAAGCUGCCGUGGGUCAUUACGGAAGUGGAUAUUGCGCAGAGAGAAGAUCUUCGACAUCUAGAUAUCUGUUCCGUGGACCCGCCAGGCUGUACUGACAUUGACGACGCGUUACAUUGCAGAAGUUUAGAAAACGACAAUUUCGAAGUCGGUGUGCAUAUUGCAGAUGUAUCCCACUUCAUAAGGCCUGGGACUGCACUGGACAAAGAAGCGGCAUUACGUGCUACCACCGUAUAUCUUGUCGAUAAACGAAUCGACAUGGUUCCAGAAUUGCUCAGUUCGAAUCUUUGUUCUUUACGGGGUAAGGAAGAACGAUUUGCGUUCUCCUGUAUAUGGGAGAUUGACCACGACGCAAACAUAAUCAAUACGAGAUUCUGCAAAUCCCUAAUUUGCUCGCGUCAAGCGAUGACAUACGAGGAAGCUCAAUUGAAAAUUGACGAUGCCACUCAGCAGGACGCUAUCGCGUUAUCAUUGAGAGGAUUAAAUCAAUUGGCAAAGAAAUUAAAACAGAAACGUUUAGAGAAUGGUGCUUUAACUUUAGCGUCACCGGAAAUACGUUUCCAAGUAGACAGCGAAACGCACGAUCCCAUUGACGUGGAAGCAAAAAAGAUGAGAGAGACCAAUUCGAUGGUAGAGGAGUUUAUGCUGCUUGCAAACAUCAGCGUUGCUGAAAAAAUAGUGGCAGAAUUUCCAGAAUGCGCUAUGUUAAGAAGACAUCCCGAACCACCGCAGAGUAAUUUUGAACCGUUGAUUAAAGCUGCUAAAAAUCAGGGUUUCACUAUUAAUACAAAUACUGGUAAGGAAUUAGCCCUAUCAUUGGAAGAAACUAAAAAGGAAUCGAAUCCUUACUUCAACACAAUGUUAAAAAUAUUAGCUACGCGAUGUAUGUUGCAAGCGGUAUAUUUUAUUAGUGGAAUGCAGCAAGUGGAAGAAUUCAAGCAUUACGGAUUAGCGUGUCCGAUUUACACGCAUUUCACAUCUCCUAUUCGAAGGUACGCAGAUAUAAUUGUACACCGACUGUUAGCUGUAUGUAUAGGUGCCGAUGCGACUUAUCCAGAGCUAUUGGACAAGAAGAAGAAUCACUUGUUGUGCCAUAAUUUGAAUUAUCGGAAUCGAAUGGCGCAAUACGCCGGCCGUGCAUCAGUCGCACUUCACACGCACAUAUUCUUCCGCGAUAGAAUUCAGGAUGAGGAAGGAUACAUUCUUUUUGUACGAAAAAAUGCCCUGCAAGUGCUGAUACCGAAAUACGGUUUGGAAGGCACUUUAUAUCUUAAUUCUGCUUCGUCGUCUGUCACGUUCACGUACAAUUCAGAGGAUCAGUCCCAAACCUGCGGGGACGUCGUAUUUCGGGCAUUUGAUCCUAUUGUUGUACAAAUGAGUUUGGACAGAUCUAAUGUUCAACAUGAGAAGUUGUUCUUUAAACUCGUAAAACCAGAGAUCCCAGAUUUCAGCGUUUCCCCAUUAAACAUCAAAACUAUUAGAGUCGAAGAAGAAAAUUCCACUGUGAAAGAAAUGUUGAAACGGAAACCAGAAAAUCAACAAGAAUCAACCAACGUUCAGAACAAGAAGGUCGAAAAGAAAAAGAAGAAAAAGAAGAAUUGAGAUACAAAAUUUUUUAACGUAAUGUGUGAAUUAUAUG